CUAUAAAACCUCACCUCCCUGCCGCUAUAAAUAGAAACCCUACUCUCUAUCUCUCCUCAUCGUCAGGAGUUGUGUACUUGAAUUUCCCAAACACAAUAAAACAAUACCACAAAUGUCCAUUGAGAUGACCAAGUACCAUACUACUACUUUGAAAAGUGUGUAUUUGUGAAAGUCAUCCCCAAUUAAAAUCUUGCCUUUCACUCAAAGGAAGAGAGAGAAAGAAGUGUGUGUACACACAUCGAAACUAGAUACUUUUUCAUAUCUUCUUCCUAUUUGAUCUUCAUCAAUCAUCACGCUCAUCGCUUACAAAAGAAAUGGAAGUGGAACAAGAACUGGAUACAUGGGAAGGUUAUGUGAAUUGGAAGAACAAACCUGCUAAAAGAGGUCAACAUGGUGGGAUGCUUGCUGCCUUCUUUGUGUUAGUUGUGGAGGUGAUGGAGAACUUGGCUUAUUUAGCAAAUGCAAGCAACUUGGUGUUGUACUUGACAGAACACAUGCACUUUUCACCUUCAAAAGCAGCAAAUAAUGUCACAGAUUUCAUGGGAACUGCUUUUCUUCUUGCUCUUCUUGGUGGCUUCUUAUCUGAUGCUUUCUUCACCACUUACCACAUCUACCUCAUAAGUGCACUUGUUGAGUUCCUGGGUCUUGUAAUACUAACAAUACAAGCUCGCUCAUCAUGGCUACAACCACCUAAGUGCCCUUCUAACCCAACAACUCCAUGCCAAGAAGUCCAUGGUGGUCAAGCCGCAAUGUUAUUUUUAGGGCUUUAUUUAGUGGCACUAGGCGUAGGUGGCAUCAAAGGAUCAUUACCUACACAUGGUGCAGAACAAUUUGAUGAGGACAGUGUUAAUGGAAGGAAACAGAGAUCAACGUUUUUCAACUACUUUGUGUUUUGUCUCGCUAUUGGUGCUCUAAUCGCUGUAACUUUCGUUGUUUGGAUUGAAGACAACAAAGGAUGGGAAUGGGGCUUUGGAAUCUCUAUGUUGACCAUUUUUUUGUCGAUCCCUGUCUUUUUAGCUGGUUCAAGCUUUUAUCGCAACAAGGUUCCUCGUGGAAGCCCUAUAACAACUAUAUUCAAGGUUCUAGUUGCAUCGAUGUUGAACACUUGCAUUGUGAGGAACCCUAGCAACGCCAUCGCGAGUAUCUCUCCUCCGACAUCAAUUAACCGUGGACAACAAACGAUCAACCCCACAAAGCAAUCGGAAGAACCAGAAACUCCGUCGUCAAGCCUCAAGUUCCUCAACCGGGCGGCGAUGAACAAACCGGCUUGCAGUUUCCUCCGAUGCUCGAUCCUUCAAGUUGAAGAGGUCAAAAUUGUGCUCAAAGUCCUUCCGAUCUUCGGUUGCACAAUCAUGCUCAACUGCUGCCUAGCCCAGCUCUCCACUUUCUCCGUCCAACAAGCGUCCACCAUGAACACCAAGAUCGGUAACCUAAAAGUUCCUCCGGCGUCCCUUCCGAUUUUCCCGGUGGUGUUCAUAAUCUUACUAGCACCGGUUUACGAUCACAUCAUAGUCCCAUUCGCCCGAAAAAACACCAAAUCGGAAAUGGGGAUUUCGCAUUUACAACGAAUUGGGGUUGGGCUACUCCUCUCAAUUUUAGCCAUGGCUGUAGCAGCGCUAGUUGAGAUCAAACGCAAACGGAUCGCCACAAAAUCAGGCCUCGACACUCACGAACCACUACCGAUUUCAUUUUUAUGGGUCGCAUUUCAGUAUUUGUUUCUGGGAUCUGCAGACUUGUUCACGUUGGCCGGAUUACUCGAGUUUUUCUUCACCGAAGCUCCGAUAUCUAUGCGAUCUUUAGCCACAUCGUUGUCGUUCGCGUCGUUAGCUAUGGGGUACUACUUGAGUACAGUGAUAGUGUCGGUUGUGAAUAGCGCCACCGGGAGCUCCGGCAACCCUGGGUGGUUGUCCGGCGACAACUUGAACCAUUACAAUUUGGAGAGAUUUUACUGGCUGAUGUGUGCGUUGAGUGCACUGAAUUUCCUUCAUUAUUUGUUUUGGGCCCAUCGUUAUAAGUACAGAUCUUUAGGGGUCCGUAAUUGAAAUAUAGAAAAGUUGAAGGUGUAUAGAAGAAACUUAGCCGAGCUAGUUUCAAGCUCAUGACAUACAUUUUCAGCUUAGAUUUGUAUAUAACUGCCAACUGAGAGUGAGAGAACUUUGAGGGGUUUCUGCGAG